CUCGUCUUCUGUUUACAUUCGCACGCUGCAGGGGCCGUUUUGUUACCCAACCAUUCGCUGCGGUAGAUCGAAUCUUCGGCAAUGUCCACCCGGUGGUAUCCGAUUUUCCAGCGGGGAAAUCCGCAGCUUCGCGUGUUCCUGCCGAACUUCUGGCUCAAGCUGAUAAAGCCGGAACACGAACAGCCCCCGAAUGUGGUCCAGUUUGGGUGCUCGAUGGAGAUGACCAAGUACGAUGUGCGCAACUAUUUGGAACAAAUCUACAAACUUCCGGUGGUGGAGGUCCGUACCCGGAUAGCUCUCGGGAAAACCAAACAGGAUCCGGUCAAGGGCUAUGUCACCAAAGAGGAGGACAUGAAGGUGGCGUAUGUUACCCUGCCAAAGGAUAUAAAGUUCGAGUUCCCGAAUCUGUUUCCGGAUCAAGCCAAACAGAAAAUCGAGGACGAUAAAAAGCAGCUUGAUGAGGCCAAGAAGAAUCACAAAAAGUAUCUGGAAAAGAACAAGGACCGACCUGGCACGCCCGGUUGGUAUACGAUUUAAGCGUCAUUUGUUAGUUUCGUUGAAUUAUUUUGAAGUGAAUAUAAAAUGGAUGAAAAAAACUGAGUUUUG